AUGCUAGUCAAAAAAGAAGAUCUCCAAAAUUUAAAUAAAAUUUAUAAAAAUGAAAUAACUCAAAAUUUGUUAGAAAAAAAUAAAUUAAAAAAUAAAAAUAAUUUUCUAAAUUUAUUUUAUUUUCCUUUUAUUAUUUUAAUUAAAUUAUUUAAUUUUAAACAAAUUAAAUUUUUCGAUAAUUUACUUGUUGGAAAAAGCGAUCCUUCAGAUUUUUCAAAAGCAUGGAGAAAGAAAUUUUCAAAACAUCCAUCUUGGUGCGAUGCAGAUAUGUGCCUGCAACAAAUUAAUUCUGACAAUGCUUACGGCAACAGACUAGCUUUAUAUUCUCGUGCCCUCUUCCAAAAAGCCCUUUUCCAUUUGGGUGAAUUUGUUCAAAAAUGGCCAAAAUCAAUUAUUUUGUUGGGAAUUAUUAUUUUAUUAAUUUGUUGUUAUUGGCUAAAAGAUGUUAAAAUUGAAACGGAUUUGGUUAAAUUGUGGGUAGAACAAGGAGGUAGAUUAGAUGAAGAAAUGGCAUUUUUGCCAAAAUCGAAAGAAAAAUAUUAUUUACAAAAACAAUUAAAAGAAGAAAAACAAAUAAAUGGAACUGAAGAACACAGAAAAAAUAAAAAACGGGAAGCCGUUAGAGUUUCUGAAAUUCCAACAGAUUCUGCUAAUUUUGGAGGAGGUUUUCAGGUAGUAAUUCAAACACCAGAACAUCCAAAUAUGAAUAUGCUUACAAGAGAAGCGUUAAUUAAACAUGUUAAUAUUUUGGAACAAAUUGCUAAUUAUAGUGUUGAAGUGUUUGGAGAGACUUGGUAUUUGUCGGAUAUUUGUUUCAAACCGCCACCUCCCACAGCUUCAAAAGAUGUUUUGUCACAAUUAAUUGAAGAAAUAAUGGCACAAAUAAUUCCUUGUGUUUGGAUAACACCUAUAGAUUGUUUUUGGGAAGGUUCUAAACCUUUGGGGCCUUUUCCUCCGCUCGAUUUAGGUCCAGCUGCUCAAUUUGUUCCUUCAGUCUCUAACGGCCUUCUCUCAUGGAAAACAUUAAAUCCAGAAAAAUUACUUAAUUCAGUUCGUUCACUUAUUGAUGUUACUAUGGUUUCUGAUUUAUUUGAAAGGGCAGGUAUUGGCGCUGCUUAUCAGGACCGCCCUUGCAUUGACCCACUCGAUCCUGACUGUCCAAGUUCUGCUCCGAAUUAUUUUGAUCGUUGCCAAGCCUAUGCAAAAUUUAAAGAAUGGAGUAAUGCUUUACCUGAACAAAAUAAAAUAAAAUUAGAACAGAUUUCUAAAAAAGAAGAAAUUUCAAAACCUUUAAGGAAAAGAGAAGUAACAGCAACAAAUAAUUCUUUAAAUUUAUUUUCUAAUGCCUCAAAUAAUUCAACAACAGAUGAUUUGGCAGAUUAUUAUGAUAAUAAUGAUGAUGAUAAAUCUGAAACUACGGAAUCACCAGGUUUUAAAUAAAAUUUAAGAAGCAAUCGCUUCGUCAAUCACUCGCCCAGGAAUGGGAAAAAAUCUCACACCCAAGGUGGUGCGAACUUUUGCCUAAAAUUUUUCUGUACGCCUUCAAUUCUAUAUCCGAGCAAAGGGAGGGCACCUCGAAAAUUUUUGAUAAUAUCUAUUCCCUGUUUAAUUCUCUAUCAUAAAGC